AUGCCUGAAAAAGUUUACUGUGCCUUGAAAAAGUUAACCCAAAUUGAGUUGGAUUUUUUGAGUAUUUUGGGCUCUAAAUUGUUUCUCUACCCUUUCAUUGGAAGGACCAAAAGAGUGUAUGCCUGCUACAUGCUCGUGUGUCUCCUGUUGAUCGUAACCGCUGCUCAACUUUUGACAGCUUUACUGGUGGCAGAUGUCAAGGAAUGGAUUGAGAUAAUCAACGUUGCACCCAAUCUAGCAGUUGUUCUAAUGGCACUCCUGAAGUACACCAAAGUUCAUGUCAACCGGGACCUUUACAAGAAAAUUUUUGAGCAUUUCCGCGACGAACUGUGGGAUGUGAUUUCAGACUCUGUCGAACACCAAAAUAUUGUCACUCAAUACGCUGCUAAAACAAAAUUCAUAUCCAGAUUUCUGAUUUAUUACUCAAUACCUCUAGUCAUAUUUGUUGAUUCUUUCCCAAGGAUUAUAAUGUAUUUGGAGCGUGAAUUUUUGGGGAGCGACGACACCGAGUAUUUGUACCCGUUCGAUGGUUGGUACCCAUUCGACAAGGUGGACUGGUAUUAUACAGUGUACCUAUGGGAGAGCUUCAUGACAAUGAUCGUUGUUGUCGUGUACGCAUUUACGAAUAUGAUUCAUUCUUCGUAUACUUUGUUUAUUUGUUUGGAGCUGAAGAUAUUGGGCAGUAGUAUCAAAAACUUGGUGACGUCUGAAGAUGUCGCCAAUAUAGUGAACCGGACGAAACUUCAAGAAACUCACGGUGAUAUAAAACGGAAGCUGAAAACUAUAAUUAUACGUCAUCAAUUACUAGCUCAGAUCGUAUCAGAAUUUGACAUAGUUCAAGGUGAUGUGACACUUGCUAACUACCUCUUUGGGUCUGUCUUUCUAACUCUUACUAUCUUCUCUUCUACGGUCGUGGACAACAUGUACAAGUCUUUGCGAUACUUUUUCAUGUUUUGUUCGUUACUUAUUGAAGUAUUUUUUUACUGUAUGAUUGGGCAAAUCCUAACCGAUGAUAGUGAUUGUCUAACCGAUGCCAUAUACUCGGCGGACUGGCCGUACGCCAAUACUGAGACGAAGAUGGCCCUUCUGAUUAUCAUGACGAGGACACAAAGACCUUUUAAGUAUACCGCUAAGGGCUACAUAGCUAUGAACCUUAACAGUUUCAGUGGUGUUUGCAGCAUGUCAUAUCAAUUCUUCAAUUUACUUCGCACUGCUUAUUCACAAUAA